AUGGAUCUCCUUCAUAGCAAUGGAGUGCUUAUCAUUCAGCAUUUACAGAGAGACUACAGGGCUUAUCAGGAUUUCCUUAAUUUUAUGUCACAUGUUGGAGAUCCUCGGAAUAUAUUCUCAUUUUAUUUUCCUCUUUGGUUUCAGCUCAACCAAGUGGUUGGUACUAAAAUGAUAUGGGUGGCAGUCAUUGGUGAUUGGUUCAACCUGAUAUUUAAAUGGAUUUUAUUUGGCCAUCGUCCCUACUGGUGGGUGCAUGAAACAAUGAUUUAUCCCAAUCAGUCAAGCCCAUGCCUUGAACAGUUUCCUAUAACAUGUGAAACUGGACCAGGGAGCCCAUCUGGACAUGCCAUGGGAUCUUCCUGCGUCUGGUAUGUAAUGGUAACAGCAGCACUUAGCUACACAGUGAGGUGGAAAGAGAAAUCAGCAGUUACCCUUCACAGACUGACACGGUCAUUACUCUGGACUAUUUUUUGGAUUAUCCAGAUCAGUGUGUGCAUCUCAAGAGUAUUCAUAGCAACACAUUUCCCUCAUCAAGUUAUUCUUGGAGUAUUUGCUGGAAUUGUUGUGGCAGAAGCAUUUGAGCACACUCCUGCUAUUCAGACAGCAAGCUUGAGAAUGUACAUCAAGACAAACUUGUUUCUUUUCAUCUUUGCCCUUGGUUUUUACCUAGUCCUCAAGCUUCUUGAUAUUGACUUGCUGUGGUCUGUCCCAAAGGCCAAGAAAUGGUGUGCCAAUCCAGACUGGAUAAACAUCGACACAACUCCCUUUGCUGGACUGGUGAGAAAUUUAGGUGCGUUCUUUGGCUUAGGUAUUGGUAUUAAUUCAGAAAUGUUCAUCACCAGCUGCAAGGGUAAAAACAGCUGUAAGAUAAGUUUCCGCGUAUUGUGUAUAGCUGUUUCUUUAGCUACACUACAGCUGUAUAAUUUUGUUAAGAUACCUACUCACACUGAGUAUUUGUUCUACAUUCUCUCUUUUUGUAAGAGUGCAGCUAUGCCUCUGACUGUAGUCGCCUUGGUUCCAUACUGUGUCCACACGUUAAUGAGGACAACUGAUAAGAAAUGUAAUUAGAUAAGGUUUCCAAAUGGUUGCAAGUGCAAGGAUAUGAACUGUUCAAGAGCCCUCCACAAAGGCAGUUUUAACUCAUGUUAACCAAGGGGGAUGCCGCUGCACCUUUGAUGUGCUCCUGGUAAGUAGUCUGUAUAUCCCAAAUCAGUGCGUUCAAGAAUGGUUUUG